AUGGAGGCCUUUGACGGUAUUCCAUGGUCUGUAGACCUUACUAUCUCACCUACAAGCCUGCUCAACACAGCUGUAUUCACUAUCUUGCUGUUGAUCAAGAUAUUAUUCAACCUUGGUCCAAGCUUCGAGCAAGUAUUCGAUGGCCUCCGCAUAUAUUGGGCAUCCGACAGGAUCCGAAAGAUAAAGGAGCUCUUCCAAACAAAAAAUCAGCUCAAGGAACAAUCAGACUGGAUCAAGGAGUGGGAGUAUUUGGACGCCGAGCAAAAAGCCCUAAAGCAGCGUGAUAUAUUCCUACGAGAGACAUUCAUCGAAUAUGCAACCAAGGAUAAACUUGACGAACUCGACGGACUCGAUACCUUUGGCCCCAAGAUCUGGGAAGAUAAGCUGGCAGACUCGAAAACUAGGCUGUGGCUGAAUAAAAAGGCACAUCUUGACGCCUCCAAGAAAAUGCCAGAGGGCCCCAGGAUAAGGGGUUGGAUGGCAAAUUCAACCCGUGCUCAACAAGUGAUAUCAAAGAUCGGAGAGUCACGAUAUCUUGCGCAGGAAAAACACGCAAAACCAUGCAGGGACAACGGUGGAUGCUGUGCGAGAGCCUGUGGGUGCUGCAAGAAGCCCCGGGACGUGUCUCCCGAGGGAGAGAUAUACUACGCACAUUGCACAACCCUCUGUCUCUGCUGCAUUCGCAGUAGAGGAUUUGUAAGGCUGGACUUGACUGUCGGUGCCAACGUUCCAGGGUUCGUCAAGCUCACCGAUGAGGAUACGUUCCCCCAAGAUAUAAACAAGUUCCUUCCAGAGAUUCCGACUGGCCAGAUGACGGAGGAGAGUCCAGAAUCUCCAGCUCCCCGAGAGGCAGAAGUUCAGAGUGUAGAUGAAGACUUUGACGAAUGA